AUGUCAUUGCCAGAAAGAAAAAGAAAUUCUGUACUUAAUCCAUCUUUACUUCAAUCAAUUACUCAAGCCUUUUCUCAAUCGAAAACAACGGUAUCUUCACCAUCCGAUGAUUUAGCAAAACUAACGGUGAAUACACCAACAACAUGUUCAUCUAUAGAAGUGAUUCAUGAUAUGCCACACCUUAUAACACGAGAAGAACCGCAAUUACUCUCCGAAGAACAAACGCCACUAACACCAUUGUUAACAUUAAAACAUGAAUUUCAAUAUCCAACACAAACGCCAAGACGUUCAAGUAAUUUUUUGAAAGGGUGUAAAUGGUCACCUGAUGGUCUUUGUCUAUUGACAAACAGUGACGAUAAUCAAUUACGUGUGUUCGAAAUUCCAUGUGAUAGAUUACCUUCAAUUGAAGAUCUUAAUGCUGUCUUACAUCUUCAAGAACCAGAAUUAAUCUACGAUUUCGAAUGGUAUCCAUAUAUGGAUUCAAGUCAAAGUGAUACUUGUUUUAUCUUUAGCAGUUGUCGUGAUAAUCCUGUACAUUUAUUUGAUGCAUUUACUGGUCAUGUACGUGCAUCUUACAGAGCACUGAAUCACUUGGAAGAACUUGUUGCAGCUCAUUCCUUAGGAUUUGAAUUCCAAUCAUGUAGGCUCUAUUGUGGAUAUGAUAGAAUUAUUCGUGCUUUUGAUAUUCAAAGACCUGGCCUUUGUAUUGGUCAAUGGAAUACAUUUGAUCGUACAAGUAGUGUUUAUCAAUCGGGAAUCAUUUCAUGUUUAUCAUUUAAUCCACAAAUACCUGGCAUGUAUGCUGCUGGUUCAUAUGCAAAAUCAAUUGGAAUAUAUGGAGAUAUGAAUGGAGAAUUGGUUGCAGUUCUACAUGGUCAUAUUGGUGGUAUAACUCAUGUUCGAUUUUCUCCUGAUGGACAGCGACUUUUCAGUGGAGCUAGAAAAGAUGGAUCUAUUCUUUGUUGGGAUAUUCGAAAUUUAGGAGACGUUUUAUGUACUUAUCAACGGCAUGUGAACACAAAUCAACGUAUUUAUUUUGAUUUUGAUCCUACUUUUACCGUGCUUGUUACUGGCAAUUCAAAUGGCCAUGUAAUAGGCUGGAAUAUAAAUGAUUCAUCAACUCCGGUAUUUGAUUUUUUAGCUCAUAAUGAUUGUACAAAUGGUAUUAGCAUUCAUUCAAAACAACCAUUGCUUGCAACAGCAUCGGGCCAACGAUAUUUUGCCGGUGACGUACGAGUCACUGCUAGCGAAGAUGAAGAUGAAGAUAAUCUCAAUGCUGAAUUUAAUCUUAAAAAAAUUCCGAAAGAAAAUUCUGUAAAAAUUUGGCCGUUUAUGAAAUAA